AUGGUAUGUGGAUUAUUAGGAAUCAUGUGUGCUGGUGGUGCAUAUUGUCCUCUAAGUCCUAUUGAUCCAUCUAUGUGUGUUCGUGCAUUGAUUGAUAAAACCAAAGGUCGAUGUGUUCUUGUUCAUGAAAAUACAUGUGAUAAGUUCUCAAAUACGAUUAGUGAGCAAAUUCAAAUGAUUAAUCUUGAACAUCUUUUACUAGCUGACAUCACAGAAGAAGUUGCUGAAAAAAAGAAUGACAGUCCAAGUUUUAUUAUUUGUACAUCUGGUACAACGGGUGAACAAAAAAUAAUUGUGCAUACACACGCAUCUCUUAUAGCAGGUGUUCAUCAUUUGAUGAUUUGGAACACCAAACACGGUGAUAAAGUUCUUCAAGUAGUUGCAUCCUCGUGGGCCAUUCAUUUAUUUGAAAUUUUGAUGCCAUUGGUGAUAGUUCCUUCAGGCACAUUAGUGCUUUUGUCACCUGAAGAUAAUUGGAACAUGACCCGUUUUUGCAAGAUUAUCGAAGAAAAACAAAUUACUGUUCUCUUUAUCAAUCCAUCAUUGCUUAAAGUACUGCUUGACUACCUCGAGCUGAACAAUAGAGAAUGUAAUCAAACACUUGAACGAGUACGCAUCUUAUGGAUAUCGGGCGAAUCUCCUAAAGCACAACAUCUAGCUAAAAUCAAGUCAUUUUCUUCACAAGUUCGCAUCUUUUUAAUAUUCGGCAUGAGUGAAACCAAUGCUGCUAUAGGGCGUGAAAUCGAAGAAAGCAUUGAUGAACUUACAGAUUUAAGUAUCUUACCUAUUGGUUGUUCACUAGCAGAAUAUCGAUGUUUACUUGUGGAUGAAAGCAACGAUGAACAAGUCAUUUCGCCAUUAGAUACAAACACAAUUGGUCAAAUUUAUCUUGCAGGUGCUGGUCUUUUCCAGUGUUAUUAUAACAAUCCCGAGUUGACCAGUAGAACCCGGGUAAUAAUCAAUAAUGAAGAAUUUUUCAAGACAGGUGAUCUAGCUUGUUACAAUGAAAAAAGUGAACUUGUGCAUGUUGGACGUAUCGAGUUUCAAAUAAAGAUUGAUGAUCAACGAAUAGAAACAGCUGAAGUGGAAAGAACAAUCAUAGCUUGCUGUCCAAAUGAGAUCUCCAACUGUUUCGUGACCAAAUUAUCCCAAGAUGAGGAUUUACUCGUGGCCUAUGUCAUCAGUGAUAAUUCACAGCUUGACACUGAAUCAAUUCGAAAUUAUUGCAAAGAUCAUCUUCGUAAAUACAUGAUUCCAUCUUAUUUUAUUGUCCUCGACAAAUUACCGUUGAAUGCAAAAGGGAAAGUGGAUAGAAAACAACUACCAUUACCAUCAUUGCCCAGUAAUGUUUCAAUGCAAUUUGUCAAACCCGACGAACUUUUACCAUCAGUUGUCUCAGAGUUCGACGUUUGUCUUCCUGAUAAAACACUUUCCAAAGGUAAUCUUUCAAAUGCAUAA